UUGAAUCCCCCCUCCAGUUUUACUUUGUCAGUUUAUGCGCUUCCAUUGAAAUCUCUUAUUUCUCAGGGCUGCGAACUUUAUAUAGCCCGUUCAAGCGCAUCGCACGGUGCCCAAACAAGAGGAGAGAUCCCGGCGGUUCGGAAAAAAAUAAAACAUUGGGAAAGGAAAUUCUCAUCUCUCCGGAUGUUACAGUAGUUUGGAUGCGAUCCUCCAAGUUGAAGGAGAGGGUACAGUGCUGUAUUCCUGCAGCAGAAACGGGAGAACCACACUAAUAGAACCGAACUGGCUAGACUUGUGUAGCUACUCGCUGGGAAUUGGUAUUAUUCAGUGAUUCCGGCAGUUUGGUAGGAGCAGUGCGUAUCCAGCAAUGGUUGCCUUGGAACGAUUUCAUCAGAGUGUUCCAGUUUGAACUUUUCUCACCUUGGCUGUCAACGUAUUCUAAAGCAGCAAACUAAACAUUCAAGGAACAUACUGUGAAUUAAUUUUAAAAGGGAGUUUUUAAAAUGCCUGACCAGAUUACAGUGUCGGAAUUCGUGGCCGAGACUAAUGAAGAUUAUAAAGCGCCCACUGCCUCAAACUUCACCACCCGUAUGUCUCACUGUAGAAACACAGUGGCUGGUUUGGAAGAGGCACUGGACGUAGACCGCAGCGUUCUGUACAAGAUGAAGAAGUCAGUGAAGGCCAUCUAUACGUCUGGUCUGGCGCACGUGGAGAACGAGGAGCAGUACACCCAGGCGCUGGAGAAGUUUGGGGAGAACUGCGUCUACAGGGAUGACCCCGACCUGGGCUCCGCCUUCCUCAAGUUCUCUGUCUUCACUAAAGAGCUCACAGCCCUCUUCAAGAACCUGUUUCAGAAUAUGAACAACAUCAUCACCUUCCCGCUCGAUAGCCUGCUGAAAGGGGAUCUGAAGGGAGUCAAAGGGGAUCUGAAAAAGCCGUUUGAUAAGGCCUGGAAAGAUUACGAGACAAAAGUCACUAAGAUCGAGAAGGAGAAGAAGGAGCACGCUCGGCAGCAUGGGAUGAUCCGCACGGAGAUCAGCGGGGCUGAAAUUGCCGAGGAGAUGGAGAAGGAGAGGCGGUUCUUCCAGCUUCAGAUGUGCGAGUACCUCCUCAAAGUGAACGAAAUCAAAGUGAAGAAGGGUGUGGACCUGCUGCAGAACCUCAUCAAGUACUUCCACGCUCAGUGCAACUUCUUCCAGGACGGGCUGAAGGCUGUGGACAACCUCAAGCCCUCAAUAGAGAAACUGGCCACAGACUUGCAUACGAUAAAGCAGGCUCAGGACGAGGAGAGGAAGCAGCUGACCCAGCUGCGAGACGUCCUGAAAUCAGCACUGCAGGUGGAGCAGAAAGAGUUGAAGGAUUCCCAGGUGCGGCAGAGCGCCACCUACAGCCUGCAUCAACCCCAGGGCAACAAAGAGCACGGCACCGAACGCAGCGGCAACCUGUACAAGAAGAGUGACGGGCUCAGGAAGGUGUGGCAGAAGAGGAAGUGUUCGGUGAAGAACGGAUACCUGACUAUCUCUCACGGAACGGCCAACAGACCCCCAGCGAAGCUCAACCUGCUCACCUGUCAGGUGAAGCACAACCCGGAGGAGAAGAAGAGCUUCGACCUGAUCUCCCACGACAGGACGUAUCACUUUCAAGCCGAGGACGAGCCGGAGUGUCAAAUAUGGAUAUCCGUGUUACAGAACAGCAAGGAGGAAGCGCUGAACAACGCAUUCAAGGGCGACCAGCACGUGGGCGAGAACAACAUCGUGCAGGAGCUGACCAAGGCCAUCCUGGCCGAGGUGAAGCGCAUGAGCGGCAACGACGUGUGCUGUGACUGCGGGGCACCCGGUCCCACUUGGCUCUCCACAAACCUAGGAAUCCUGACCUGCAUCGAAUGUUCCGGAAUUCACCGUGAGCUGGGCGUGCACUACUCCCGCAUACAGUCCCUCACACUGGACGUCCUCGGAACGUCCGAGCUCUUGUUGGCUAAGAACGUGGGGAAUGCGGGCUUCAACGAGAUCAUGGAGGCCUGCUUGCCAGCAGAAGACCCAGUAAAGCCCAACCCCACCAGCGACAUGCAGGCGCGGAAGGACUUCAUCACAGCCAAGUACACCGAGCGGCGGUUCGCGCGGAAGAAGUGUCCGGACACCGUGUCCAAGCUGCACACGCUCUGCGACGCGGUCAAAGCCCGCGACAUCUUCUCCCUCAUCCAGGUGUACGCCGAGGGCGUGGACCUGAUGGAGCCCAUCCCCCUGGCCAAUGGACAUGAGCAGGGAGAGACGGCGCUUCACCUGGCUGUCCGGCUGGUGGACCGGACCUCUCUCCACAUCGUGGACUUCCUCACCCAGAACAGUCUGAACCUGGACAGACAGACGGCGAAAGGUAGCGCGGCGCUGCAUUACUGCUGCCUGACGGACAACAGCGAGUGUCUGAAACUGCUGCUGAGGGGGAAGGCCUCCAUAGAGAUCGCUAACGAAGCGGGCGAGACGCCGCUGGACAUCGCCCGGCGGCUCAAGCACCUGCAGUGCGAGGAACUGCUCAACCAGGCCCUGGCGGGGAAGUUCAACGCCCACGUGCACGUGGAGUACGAGUGGCGCCUGCACCACGAGGACCUGGACGAGAGCGACGAGGACCUGGACGAGAAGCCCAGUCCGCACCGGCGGGACGAGAGGCCGGUCAGCUGUUACACGCCGGGCAGCAGCCCCGCCCAGCCUAGCCCCGCCUCCCUGGCCCGGGACGCCGCCAGCCUGGUGAAGGACAAGCAGCGAGCCUUCGUGCCCAACCUGGUCAACAACGAGACGUACGGCACCAUCCUCGUGGCCAAUCCCCCGCCGCCCGGCCAACCGGGGCUGCCCGUCACCACCGCGGCCCCCCCGCUGCCCCCGCGCAACAUCGCCAAAGUCCAGCUGUCGGGCGUGGGUGGGGGCGCGCAGACGUGCGGCUCCGGCCUGUGGAAGCCCGGCAAUCUCGACAUGGCGGGCAGACAGAGGUCCUCCUCCGACCCCCCGCACGCUCACCCCCCCCUCCCGCCCAUGCGCGUCACGUCCACGUCCGUUCUGGUUGCUGGCCCCCCUCCCCCCGUGGCGAAGACGGUGAGCGUGAUGGAGGCCAUGAACAUGCAGUCGAAAGGGGGGCCGCCGCCCUCCUCAAACAAGCCGUCCCCGCCCUCGCUACCUGGCCAGGGCCUCGGCCGACCCCCGCUACAGAAGUCUCCCGCCGGCACAGAGAAAGCCUUCAGCAAAGGCCUACCUAUUCAGUCUGGAUCGGUUGAAAGACCAGCAAAGGAAGUCCCUGGAGGCCCUCACAACUCUAUAGGCCCCCCUGCCCCUAUGCCCCGGAAGUCUUUCUCAAAACAAAAGCCGAAAAGGGUGAAGGCCAUCUAUAACUGUGUGGCGGAUAACCCUGAUGAGCUGACCUUCUCUGAGGGUGAGGUGAUUGUGGUGGACGGGGAGGAGGACCAGGAGUGGUGGCUGGGUCACAUCGAUGGCGAGCCGAUGAGGAGGGGUGCGUUCCCCGUGACGUUCGUGCACUUCAUCCUGGACUGAUGGGUGUGUCCUCCCCCCAUUUUGUGUGACUUGGAUCAAGCGACCUAUCAACAGUCACCCUGGGAUCGUCAUGCUGUGACACACUCUUCCCCAAGUCACACCCCUAGAACUCAUGGGAAUGGGAACAUGGUUUUAAAAAAAAUCUGAAUCUGAGAAGAGAAAAAAAACAGUGAUUGUAGGCAGUGAGUUCUUGCAAUAAAUGCACUUUUUCACUUGGUUAAUUUAUUCAGCGGUUGCAACAUUAGGUUGCCAUCAAAAAAAAAAAAAGUUAUUUUCAAAGUAUUCCUUUUGAUCCAAACAGAGUUCAACUGUGACACAAGUGAAUGAAGAUUGUACAGGAAAUUAUUUUGCUGCAGCAGAAAAGACUAAUGUAUAUGUGUGUGGGAAUUCUCUGAUGUAAGUAAAUGUAUGAAUUUUUUUUUCUAUUAUUCUGUUCAGUGCAUGGUUAUAGGUAAAAAGUUCAAAACAAGGACAUUGAACUGUGUAGGACUCUUUCAAAUGGUGCUAACCUAUCAGUCUGCUGUCCUAAUAUCUGUCCCCCAGGGGGCGCUCUGCUGACCCCGUUUUCCGCCAGCCUCUGGCAAUAGGUACAUAAAUAGCCCAUUGCCUGCUUCCACUGAUUACACCUGGGAGGUGUGUGUGUGUGUGUGAAAAAGAGAGCGAGAGAGACAGGACGUGCCGAAGCCCAUUCAGGAGUAAGUGCCACCCCCUGUUGGCAGAAAGCUAGCAUUGGCUUAGUCCAGACCACACUGUAUGCACACACCAGAGUUUGCCAACAGGGCAAAGUAUGGUUGUCCUUUGGGGCUGGGCUAACACAUGCUACACCCAGCAUCAAACACAUCACAGAAGACAGAAUUUGGAACACAGAAUCGGUGCUAUACGCAUGUUCAUGGUACAGAUCCAGCUCUUAAGUCCUGAACCAUAAUGAUCAGGUUUCCAUGCAGAAGGGAGCUAAAAAUGGGCAGAGCAGUGUGUGCAUUUAUGUGUAUAAGAAUGUGUCUGUGUGUACGUGCAAAGUGUCAGGACAUGGCACCACCCAUCUUCAUUGUGUUGUUAUAUUUUAGGGCUGCAGUUUGCAUAAAGCAGCACUUUAACAAGAACAACUGAAUGUAGAAGCUCUCAAUAGAAUAACCAAACAAGCACUGCUGUGACUACAUGUCUAAGCUUUUUCACCCUCUAGUGAUAGAGUGUUGUUACUGCCAUGCAGUGCUGUAGGAGCCACCACUGACAUAUGCAUUUCUUGGCCUUCCUCUUUUGGUCCAACCAAAACUGUAUCACAGUCUGAUACAGCAUCUAUCUGUGAUUUGCCUCAGCUGUAAAUGUUGCUUUGUGGAUAACAGCACCUGUCUAUGAUUCAGUGUGGAGUACUCUUAAACCCUGUAGACCUGAUGUGAUGGGAGAGAAAGUUUGUGUCAAAGGAAUUCACCCACCCCAAUUCCAUACAUUCUACCCUCUAUUCCUACCUCACACCUUCCACCCUCAGACACCACUCCUAAUCCACACACCCCACUCCCACCAAACAUCUCCCACUCCUAACUCCAUACAUCCUACUCCCAUUCCACACCUGCUACCGCUAUUCCUACCCCGCACUCUAUAUAUCCCACUCCUGCCCUCUUCAUACCUCAAGCUUCCACUCCAUACACCCAACUCACACUCCACACCCUCUCUCUGACUCCCUGCCCAGGGGAGCAUUUCACAUGCAGCUAUGAUAUUUUACAGUUUACUGUCGAAAAGAGAAUUUUAUGUAAUUAAUUUGAUUUUGGUUGCAGAGCAACUCUCUCUAUAUAUAGUGUAACAUUUAAUCUUAAAUGAAAUAUACCUUUGAUUGAGUAUGGAUUACAGUAAAACCCAGACUACUGGGGAGGUGUGUAAUUCUAACUGUCUGUUCUACAAUAUUCUUUACCUGUUAACUCACUGGAAAUAGGAGAAUGAGUCUGUUACUGUAAAUAUAUUUCCAUAUUUAAAUGUAAUGAGUUAACCUUCAGAGUAAAAGCUGUCCUUAGCUGCACUGUGGUGAUUAGCCUGCCCUGGUUGCCCCCCUCGUUACUCCACGAGUUGAGGCAAAGAAAGCUGUUUGCAUCACCUUCCUGGUUCGUGUGCUUCAUUGCACUGGCUUGUAGAUCACUGCAUUGACUCACAGAACACUACAUUGACUUGCAAAACUGAUUUUGUGUUCAUCUACAUGGGAAGUAAACUGGAAAAAGACUCAAAAUAAAAAGAUUAAAUACUA